AAAAAUAGUGGGGUUUUGUCCUAAACACCCUAAGUGAGACCAAACUCCGUGAUUUACACCCCUAGCUAGGUCUAGCUAAGCUAGACGACGAGCAUGCCCGACCUUCUCGCAAAAGCCCCCACUUCAACCUUUUUAAUUUUGGCGCUAAAGAUUGGCCAAUGGUCAGUCACGCAAUCUUUCGAACGAUUGCGUGAUCCAACUUACGAUCCAGCGGUAUUUUUCAAUAGUUAUGCGCUCUUGUAGCUUGGUCCCAAUCCCCCCAAUUUCCCGCGUUCUCUGAGUUAGCAUGCUGACUGCAAUCGAAAUAAGUCAGAAACGAACGUCUUUCUCGAAUUAACUGGCUCAGAACGUCUUCAUUUAUAACGCAGACAGUCAAAAAAGAGAAGGAAGUAGUUCGAAGAAAGGAAGAGAAGGAAGGAAUUCGAAGAAAGGUUGGAGUAUAAGACAUGUCUUCUAUAAACGUGGAAAAUGAUCCUAAUGAACUGAAGAUUUGCCCGUAUGACCCAGUUCAUCGGGUGUCAGCCAAGAGAUUCCCAUACCAUUUGGCUAAGUGUCGAAAGCAAUAUACCAGCGCAGGAUGGACAAAAUGUCCCUUUAAUGCAAGGCACGAGAUUCCAGUUGAAGAGUUAGAUUAUCACAUGUCAAUCUGCGAACAUAAGGAUGUCAUCAGACAAGACAUUGAAGAGUAUGCAUGUCAGGCGAUAAUUGAGGAAAAGCGACUAUAUCAGCCACAACCAACACCAACAGUUGAUACUGAUACGACGGAGGAUUGGGAGUCAGAGGCUUACAGUCAACCAUUCUCCAUCAGUGGUGCUGAACCAGUUGAGGAAGACGUGGAUGCAUAUGACAUUGUCCAGGCCAUGCAAGAGGUUCAACUACAAGCACAUGGAGUAAAAUCCACACCAGUGGACACUACUGGUAUGACAGCCACUCAGAAGAAGAACUUAAAAAGAGCACAAAAAAGACAAGAGAGGCGUGCUGCUGAAGGCACUGAUGACGAACCUGUGAUGACUGAUGAGGAAAGGUUAGCAGCCAUUGUCAAGCAGUAUGCUGUGCUGAAUAACAGAACAUCAGGCAGUUUUGUUGACUUUGUCAGCAUCUUAAAUCAAUACUGCCAGAAAAACCGAAUAAAUGUACCUAAAUAUGGUGAAGCAGCAGGGGUGCAGGGAGGCUUUGGAGCACAAGUUUUAGUGAAGGGACAGAUAUUUACCACCAUGAAAUAUUGCUUGACCAAGAAGGAAGCACGUCAUGAUGCUGCUAAGUGUGCUCUUCUGGGUCUCAACAUUCCAGUAGUUGACCCAACACCCAACAAACCAAUGGCUGCAAGAACGGCCAUGGACCAUCAGCGAUUAAGAGAAACACACGAAUUACAGCUGCUAAAUGAUGCAGGCCAGCCACAGCCUAGAGGGAGGGGAAAGCCAGUCUUGAAACCUCCAAGCGCCUUUUCCAGUUCUGCUACUGGCCCACCCAUGACACAACAGCCAUCCCAAAAUGGCGCAACCAUGGUGCAACCCGCCCUGAAUGAUACACCCCACAACUUCCCCGUGGUUAAUGGAGCAUCAAGAGAAGAUGAUGAUGAGUGGACAACAGUGGGCAAAAAAGGUAUAGCAGAGUAGUAGUAAGGGUAUUUUUCUGAUGUGCAUCAAAACUAAUUAAGUGUUGCUUUGGUUUUCUAUAACUACAUUACAUGGAUUGGCUUUAAAAAACUCAUAUCUAUGACUUGUUUGCAAACGUUUUCCUGUGCUUCCGUCAGCUUCAUGUAUUGCAUUUGCUUGGAUGUUUUGGUUGACCAGAAUGAUUACUU